CUGAACGACUUUUUCUUGACUGCCAUGAAAAAUUUGAAUAUGUAAGUUAUGAAUAUAUACCUGUAACUUCUGGACUUUAAUCUAACAGCAGUCCAUGUUUUUCCUUCAUACUAUAAAGAAAAAAUUUUUGGCUGGCUCGCUCGCAAUAUGUAUUUCAAUGACAACAGCCAAAACUUUGAAUAAUUCAAUGGACCAGUCACCUGGAAAUAAGUUAAAUUGUAUGACUCGAGAAUGUGUUAUGGAUAAUUUGGAAUUCGAAUUCAAUUUGAUGUCUAAUAUGAAUAUGAGCGUCGAUCCCUGCGAUAAUUUUUAUGAAUUCGCUUGUGGAAAUUUUGAUAACUUUCCAGCUGAUUAUGCAGAAUUUGUUCAACAUGACUUUGAUUACCCACCGAGCACCAUGUAUAAUAAAAUUUUCGAUUCAAUAAAAAAAUUUGAACCAAGGGAUUUACCAAAGCAAUUUCAUUUCCUGAGAGACUUCAUGAUUUCUUGUGAAAAAGUGAAUUCUAAAAUCAACGAUAGCUAUUCUGGUAUCAAAGCAGACAAACUAGAUGAUUUAACAGAAAUAAUAUCUGAAUUAGGCGAGUGGCCCGUUAUCAAAGGCUCUAAAUGGAACAGCUCUAAUUUUGAUUGGAUAAGUUUCAAUAACAAAGCAAGAAAUCUUGGCGCCGCUAAAUACUUAUUUCUUUAUUUAUAUAUUAAACUACAUAACGGAAGUAAGAAAUAUUUUUUGUAUCCACAAGAAUUUGAAUUUUCGUAUGAAAAUAUAAAGAAUCUCCAGAAUAAUAUCACAAUCAAUGCUUAUUAUAAGUAUAUGGUCGAUGUUGCUAAACUUCUUGGUGCGAAUGAAACACAAGCAAAAAUAGAACUCAUGGAAUCAUUUCAAUUUGAACUCAAACUUAUCAAUAUAAGCAAUAACAACGAUAUAGCAUUAAAUUAUGUAGAUGACGCCCGCAAAAUGUCGCUGAAGGAAAUAAAAGAAAAGUGGCCAGGAAUCAAAUGGGAUGAAUUGAUCACUAUGACAAUUGAAUCGCAAGAAAAAUUUUUCAACCCAAAUGAAACGCUGAUUUUCAUUGAAAUUCAUCAUUACAUAAAUGAACUGGAAAAAUUAAUGAAAGAAACUCCUAAAAGAGUCCAAGCCAAUUACGCUGUAUGGAAGAGAAUUCAAUCUUUUAUUCCAAUGGUCGAAUCUGUUACUCUAUCUAAGCUUCACAUAGCUUAUUCUAAAAUAAGAAACCCAUCAGCUGUCUUUGGCAAUAUUGAUUGCUUCGACAAUCUUAAAAUUCUGUUACCAGAACUCAUGUAUUUUUACUAUGUACAUCACUUCUCAAUCGACAAACGGGCCAAAACUCAUGCAGAUCAAUGGACUUUCGACAUAAAAAACAAAUUUUUAGAUAUUUUGAGUAACACGUAUGCGUCGGAUGUUAGAACCAAAAAUAAACUAACCGCAGAGAUUAAUUCUUUAAGGUUUAUCAUUGGAUAUCUCGACGAAGUCUUUGAUGAUAAAAUAUUAGAUGCAUAUUAUCAAGGCCUUAAAAUAACUCCUGACAGUUAUUUAAAGAAUCGCUUGAACGUAAAUUCAUUCAAUCGCAAAAAAGUUUCAGAAGUGUUGAAGAAGCCACUAAAUUUGAUUAAUUGGAUGAAUAUUUUCAAACUAUUAGACCCGUUUGAAGUCGACGGUUCCAACUUGGAUUUAUUUAAUAUUAUUGUUAUAGGUAUUGAAAGAUUGAGAAAUUUGUCCUUCAGUAUCAAUCGUCCAGAUUACAUUAAUUUAGGGACGCUUGGAGUAACUAUUGGACACGAAAUGGGGCAUACUAUUUAUGCUUCUUACGAUGUUGCUGAUGAGUUCGGAAUGAAAGACAACGGAUGGAGUGUAUUGGCAGAUGAACAAUUCGAGCAAACAGAAGAUUGUUUAAUAGAACAAUUCUCGAAUUAUUUUACUGAAGCAACUGGAGAAGAACUAGACGGUUCAAUCUAUUUGAAAGAAAAUAUUGCCGACAAUAUUGGUAUACAAGUUGCUUAUUCGGUCUACCAAGACUGGGUCAAAAAGUAUGGACCCGAUGCACCUUUUUCUAACUUGCCUUAUAAUUCAAAUCAGUUGUUUUGGCUAUCAUAUGCAACUCGAUGGUGCAGACCAAAGUCAUUUUUGCAGCAAAUAGAUUUGACCGAUGAGCAUCCUCCAGAAGAUAAACGUGUCAUUGGAGUACUUUCAAACAGCCCAGAUUUUUCAAAAGAUUUCAAUUGUCCCCUAGGCUCUACCAUGAAUCCUGAUAAUAAAUGUAGUAUUUUAAUAAAAAUAUUCAAUUAUUUUUAUUAACUCUGCAGGAAAUUUCCGAUUCAUUUCAACAAAUAAUCAAAUCAUUAAACUAUCUACUCUAUUCCUCUUACUUCGAUUCCAUCAUAAAUUAUAAAAAAUAUAACAGAUGGAAAAGCCAAAUAUUUUGCCUUCCAAAAAUUAAGUCAAGGAAAUGAAAUUACUAAUACAAAAAAAAACUAUUUACUAUAAUUAAU